UUUUAUUCUUCGUUUGAAUUUUGGAAAGAUUUUCCGUUGGACUUGCCUCGAGGAAGAAAGUAGUACUGUUUUUAACAUUUCGUUCAUCCCGAGCUUCGUUCUGUGAUCCAUAAAUAGUGAGAAAGAGGGGCCGUCGUUCCUUUAUUUUAGCUUAGUCGAUUUUUAUAGCCGGAGACACUUACGAGUGGAGAAAAUGGAGUUCGAGUACAGUGCGCCGCAGUUUGUUGAACGGCUGGACUUAGUGGCCGAGAAAAUGAUGAACGAUGGUUCGGAUGACUUUUUCGAGAAUAAGGAUGAAAAUACUUCAAUUAAUAUUGAUGCCAACAUGAAACAAGAUGAGCAAUAUUUCACUCCUAAAAUAUUACCUACUCACAAAGUUAAUCUGACUGCUGAGAGUGGAAAAAUUUUAUCCGAUAUAACUAACAACGGAAAUGAUAAAACUCCGGCAGUUGAAAAUCCAACAAUUCAGGGUAGAGUGAUAAUCAAAGCUAAAAGGCGCUCUUGGGGGCUUGGCAAAAAUACUCACACUUCACCUGAAACAUUAAGAAGUGCUAUUGCAAAAUUACACACCUUUGAAGGAGUGACGUUGAACAAAUUGACUCCGGCAAAAGAGCACUCCAUGUCUACAAGACGUGAUUCAUCUUUAAAGCCUACAAUUGAUUUGAGAAAUCGUGUGGUACGCCGAGAAACUCUCAAAAGGAAAGGAUCAUCGUUGUCGGAGAAUAAAUAUCAAACAUUGGCGGAAAAAAUUUAUCAUUUUGAAAACGAUAUUCCUCCUCGAUUUAAGUAUAAGCCUUCUAGCUCAAGAGUAUCUAGCCAAGACAGGUUAACGCCGACUGUGGCCGUUUCUCCCAAUUUAAAUACUAAGCAUAGAACACUGUCUCCGAGCACUGAAGAAAUGGAAACAAAAGAAUCAAAUGAUAUAAAACGAGAUCCGAUAAAGGCAAGGCCGUUAAACAGGAAAAUAUUUCAACCACCUGAAUUGAGUAAACCAGUUGCUAGACCGUGUACGGUGCCAGUGGAGUUUCAAUUAACUCAAGUUAAACCCAAGAAACCACAAAAGGUUGAGUGUUUCCAGUUUAAGGCACAGCCAGCUCCUAAAACGACCCAUUUGCUUACCAGCUCAGUGCAGAAGAAAGAAGUGACAAAACAAAAGGAUGCAAGCAGAACGCAUAGUAAACAGAACAGUUUUUCUCAAUUUACUAGUGUCACUUCUCAAAAGUCUAAAGUGAAACCUUUUAGCUUCGAGGAACGAGACAAACUGAAACAGUUAGAAAAGGAGGAAAAAAUAAGAAAGAUAAUCCAAGAGGAGAGCACUAUACCAACUUUUCACGCCAACCCUGUCCCCCCUUUUAUCACACGGUCUUCAACAUUAUCAAUCAAUUCAACAAAGGUACCAACUGAUUCAGAUUCAUAUCACUUAAGGGAACGUUCUUUACACAAAAAAUCGCAAGGCGAACAAGAAGAAUUUUGCCAAUUCAAAGCCAAAGAACCAGUUGUAUUGAAGAAAGAGCCAUUUCUUCCAAAAAAGCUGGACAAGCCUUUAACCGAACCAUGCGAUAUUGUCUUGAACACCGAAAAGAGGGCUGUUGAAAGACAAGAAUUUGAGAAAACCCUCAAAGAGAAAGAAGAGAGGUUCAUGAAAAUGCAAAUUGAGUUUGAAAAGGAAAGGGAGGCCUGUGAGAAAGAAGAGUUAGCAAGACUAAGAAAAGAAUUGGUACAUAAGGCAAAACCUAUGCCCAAUUAUCCUCCAGUAAAUAAAUAAAUUUUCAUAAUUAUUA